AUGUUAAGCCUGCUAUUAAGACCGUUGGAUAAAAUGGAUACUGCAAGUAAUCCUGCGGUAAAAAGUCAUGAACGAUUGGAUUUCUCAGAAUAUAACGUGGACAAUCUCGCAGUUGUUACCCAAUCACCACUGCCGCAAGAAGCUGAGAACAUACAUCAAGAUAUGGCUGAGGUAUGGGAGGACGUGUUUGGUCCACCACAUGUUACGUUAAAGCCUGCAGAUAGCGAAAAACUAACACCUAUUGCAAUUGAAGUACCUUCCAGCUUUGAAAAUUCACCCGCAACCAGUUUUGGAGACUUGCCUUCAAUUUCAGCACCUAUUGUCCCGACUCCUGUGCCUUCUCCAUUGAACUCACAAGCAGAUUGCCAUGAUUGCCAGGACUCAGUCGCCUUCAGUUACUAA